AUGCAGUUAAGGAACCGACUAGCUUAUUAUCUGACCAGGCAAGUUAGCCAGAAAACCUCGGCUGAUCAAAGUUUGACUUAUAGUCUUGGUCAGCUGCCCAAGCCUUUAAACAGUCAGCGUGCUUGCAGCAGCUGUCCACAACUAUUAAACUGCAGCAUUUAUCAGAGGUAUAGACUUCUUUAAAAAAAAUUUUAAACCUAUGUAAUGGUUUCAUUGACCAAUUUGAAAUUAAUUAAUUGUAGACUGACCAAAUGUUUUUGGCAACACAGUAUUACCUUAACUAUAAAUUAACUGUCAAAUUUCCCUAACGAUGCUAAUUGUCAACGAACAAGAGGAAGUAUUUAGUGAGAUGUAACUUGCAUUGUACAACAUUUGCUAUUAAUAAUACUUAAAUAUUGUGGAGGAAUCUGAUGAAACUUGCUCUUGAAGUCACGGCUCAAAUUAUCUGGAUGAUGAACCGAAAGAUCACCAUAACAUUUAGAGGAGAUAUAAAUAAAAAUUGCAUCUGUAUUUUCAGAUCUGUUGAGACCAAUAUUUUUCCCAAGGAACAUGCAAUGUCUCAGUUAGUCCCUGAAGCUCUUUCACAUCUGACCGAAGAGGAUUUAAAUUUUUUC